AUGCCUUCCUCCGUCAACUACCGGGUCAUUGAGCCCCAUCCCUCCGUCCCUCACUCCUCCCACCCGGCCAUCCACACCGCGCGCGGCGGCGCCGGCAAUGUCAUCAGUCUGAAGAACACCAAGACCACCGACUCGCAGACCGCCACGGGGCCUCCCUCGCUCACCCGUCUGGACUCCAACGUCCCCAGCACCUUCACCUCCGGCCGCGGCGGCGCCGGCAACGUCCACAGCAGCAGCGAGCGCGCCAUCUUCAGCUUCGACGAGGAACUCGAGCGCGAGAUGCGCCGCGCCGCCCCCGUCUACCACGUCGGCCGCGGCGGUGCCGGCAACAUGGUCUUCAGCGACUCCGGCAGCGCCCUCAGCCGCAAGUUCUCCUCGUCCAGCAAGGGCACCACCAGCAGUACCCAGUCGACCGCCUCCAUGGCCCGCGACAAGGCCCUGCGUGGUCUGGAGCGCGGCUGGGGCAAGCUGAGGGGGAUGGCCUAG